AUGGAAACAGAUGCUGAUCCCGCCGAGGCGGGCCACCAGGAGCUCCGCCUCCUCGUGGGUGAUGUUAUCGAAUCAUCCAAAGUACCCGCCAAAACACGCGCGACUAGUAUCAAACCCACCAUCGCCAAUCUAACCUCACUUUCUUAUGAAUGGGGUCUUUUGUCGGAGAUCCUAGACAGUCUCGUCAACCUUGUCACCACACCAAACUAUCUAGAUCAAGCAAGUCAGGCUGCCAUCAUCAGAAACCUUUAUCCCGCCGAGGCCGUGUCUCGAGAUUCUGUACUUCGAGUCGUCUCUUGUCUUGGUCACGGAACUCUCAAGCCGUCUCUGACACUCCAGGCGGCUCUCAUCAAAUGGCUUAUUACCGUUCACCACACUUUGGAAUCACCACAGGUGCUUUCUCAAGCUUAUCCCGUUCUUUUCAAUCUCCUUGAUACCGCUGCCACCCGUCCUAACCUUAGCCAUCUUCUUGCUCUCAUCACACGGCGCAAGCACGUACGUCCUUUUCGGAUCCAAGCCUUACUCAACCUCUCAAGACAAACAGGGAACGAUCCUUCCCUGAUUGGUCUGUUGAGGGUCUUCAAAGAUUAUUACCCUGAGGUUAUUAUAGGAGAAGUCGUUCGUGGCAAAGCGUCUUCUUUCAAACACCCUGAUCCACAAUGGCGAGAUAGGUUAGACGAGAUCCAGGAGGCACAUUUCUACAAGUCCCAAGAAGGUGUAUCAAGACCAAGAGAUGGUUUUCGUGUCCAUCGCCCAAUCGGCCGUGCUGCCCGGAAGAAGACCAUCCCGUUGGUCCACACGUCUCAUGUGACAGAGGAUGCUGUUACAUUGGAGGAAAUUGAAAACGCUGUUGGUUUUGUCGAGAGUAUCGACAAGCUAGAGCUGCCUAACCAGCUAGUUGCCGUCCUUGCAGAUCCGUUACUGCAAAAGCUCAUGGUUCUACGGCCAAGUAGCGAGUCUGACCAAAGAAUAGCGAAUUGGCUCAACUCUGCUCUUCAAGAUGUUCAGGACGGUGAUGCAGAUGAAGCCACCUUCUUUGAGAUAUUGGAUAUCUUCCGAGACUAUGUCGUCUCGGCCAAGGUUCUCCCCUCACUGCUAAUUUAUUUCUUCGCCCGCUUUCUUCCACUCUGGGACGGUUCCCAACACCGCGAUUCGAUUUUUACGAUACUGUCCUACUCCCCGCUACUUGAUUUUCAAAAACUAUACCAACACAUUUUCAAGCCUCUCGAGGAAGCGACAUUUGACAACACUCCUGAAUCCCAACUGGCCGUCCUUGACGUGUACAAAAACACCCUUCACCACUGGACAGUGGUUCUGGAAUCUAGCGAUACCAUACCGGACUAUGCCAGUGAUGCUGUUGCUGACUUGAUCCGGCAUGUCAACCCUCUGGCCCUCAGUAUCGCCCAGACAUCUACCUCUGUCUCAGCACGUUCCGCCAUCCUCGAUUUUUAUGAGCAAAACUCCCGACUCAUCAGCCACGAAACCUUGAAGCACUAUAUUCGCAUCGAGCUACCCCCUUCACAUCUGAUAUAUAUACUCUUCUUUAGCAGUUCGGCCGCCAUUAUGUCACGUAUUUGCGCUAUUCUCGCCUCUUACAAGAAGGGCUUUGAGAUGGCCAUGCUGACCAAACCAAAGCAUGACGGAAGCAACCGCAUUGACUCUUCGUCAUAUAACCGGAUUUUCGUGAGUCUUUUUAAUGGAUAUCUCAUGGACAUGUGUAACUGCUUUUGGCGAGGGAAGGCCUUUACCGACAGUGAUCCAAACGCACAGGGCUGCUUGAUCCCAAGAAGCCUGGUCCCCAUACUAUCUUCAUACAUAACAUCUGUGGAUAAAUCGCUUGCUCUGAACUCCCUGUUUUCAUUGUCAUACUCGCCCCUCCUGUGUCUGCAGAGCAUGCGGUGUAUACAAGAUCUCGAAAGUGCCGAGAUCAACAGCGGCACACCCUUGCGUAUCAGACAUGAAGGACCGCCAACACAGGGCAGUCUUGGACAGCUGGUAGGUUCUGGCGGUAUACGCAUCUCCUGGCAAGAUUAUAGAAUAAAAGUGUUGGAGGAACUCAGCGCCAAGGAGCUCGCUGGUAUCACCGACCUACUCAAGAACACUAUGACAAUUUUAAGAAAGUUGAUAGACGGCGGGGGAAGCACGAGACCAACUACGGCGCAGUAA